UCUAAAGAUCUAAUCAUGACCAUCAAUCUCUUCAUGAUCAAUCGGACGGCCAGUUUCAUCCUCGUUCUUGUGAUGAUAUUGAACACCAUCGGAGCUUCUGCCGGAAAAAGCGGGUUUCCCGAUCCCCGGGAGAUCCAACUCCGGUUGAAGCAACUCAACAAACCAGCUCUUAAAUCCAUCGAGAGUCCAGAUGGAGAUAUCAUAGAUUGUGUUUCUAUUACCGAACAACCGGCUUUCGACGACCCUCUCCUUAGAGACCACACCAUCCAGAUGAGGCCGAGUUUCGAUAUAGAAGAUCUUUCCACAAGCGAUGCUUUCGGUAACGGCACGAAUUCGGACAGUAUAUCUCAACUUUGGCGAACGAAUGGUGAAUGUCCGGAAAAUACCGUUCCAAUCAGAAGAACAACAAAAGAAGACUUGCUAAGAGACGAGAAAUAUGGGAAAAAGUAUCAAAAUAAGACCUCAAACCCUAAUUUUUCAAAUCAUCGUAUACGUGAUCCGAAAGAACACGAGUAUGCAGUAGCGUUUGCAACGAAAGGUUGGUAUAAUGGAGCAAAGGCACGAAUGAAUGUAUGGAAGCCGUGGGUCCAAUACGCUAACGAGUUUAGCCUGUCUCAGAUUUGGGUUACAAGCGGUGUUCAUGAUAUUGAUUUGAAUACCUUGGAAGCCGGUUGGCAGGUUUACAAACGUUUAUACAAAGAUAACAACCCAAGACUAUUCGCUUACUGGACCAGGGAUUCAUACGGAGAAACAGGCUGCUACAAUCAUGUAUGCCCAGGCUUUGUUCAGACCAGCAGGACAAUUGCCCUCGGGGCAUCUAUCCGACCCAUAUCGGCCUUUGGUGGCGCCCAAUAUGGGAUCACAUUAAUUAUCAAGAAGGAUCAAACAACAGGAAACUGGUGGUUAGGGUACCAGGGGACAAUGGUAGGGUACUGGCCAGGAUCUAUAGUCCCGAACCUAGCAAACGGUGCAACAGGUAUUACUUGGGGAGGCGAAAUUCUAAACAAAAGAAUGAACGGGAAACACACUACCACGGAUAUGGGGAGUGGACGUUUUCCAUAUGAACGGUUUCGAGAGGCGAGUUAUUUCCGAAACUUAGGUGUAUUCGAUAUGGAAAAUGUCCUGAGAGAUCCAGGGACACUCAAACCCGGCACUACAAACCCACACUGUUAUGACGUGAAGAUAUCGUCAAGCAAGAGUUGGGGAACUUACUUUUACUAUGGAGGUCCUGGUCUGAACAGUAGAUGCCCAUGAGCCCACCCAUAUUCAUUUCCUUUAACAACAUUUUGUGUUGUUGUUAGAAGUACUAAGGUUAUAUAUCAACUAAUAU